GGCCGUUCGCCGGCGUGAAGCGGCCGUCGGGCGCCGUCUCCCGCGCCCGGGAGCUGCUCCGGGGCCCGGCGGCUCGGGCCGCGCCGGGGCUGUCGCUCCGCGGGAGGCAGGAGGAAGCGGCGAUGAAUCACGGAGAAAGUUCCCUCGGCGAGGGAUGAGCUGAAGGCGACAAGGCGAGCUUGCGUUUCUCUCUUUCCCCUUUGCUGACGUGGCUCCCGGGCUGCCUGGGGGGGCCCGUCGCCUUCCUCGAAGGCUGCUGCGGAAGCCCGGCGGGCGGCUGCAGGUCUGCCGGGACCGGGACCGGGACCAGGACCGGGGCCGCCUCUGCAGCAGGCUCCGCGCGCCGCCCGGAAGGAGCUGCCUCGGGACGCUGAACCGCCUGCUCUUCCUCCGGCUCUUCCAAGGUUCCCAGCUGCUGAGCGCCCGGGUAAAGCCGCGCUGCGGGGCCGCCGGGAGCAGAGCUGAAAACACGCCCCAACACAGGAGAGCAGGAUGAGGCUACAACCGCAUCCUGGUAAUGACAGACGACUCUGAAUCACGUCCUGUGGUUCAGAGACCUGAUUUCUGCCUCGGUAAGAGGGCUGUAAAUCCUAAGCGACUCCUAGCAGAGGAGCCGUGGGAACAGCCUCUUCCCCGGGGCGGUUGCAAGCUUCCCGCCAGCAUCCACCGCGCACAAACCACAGCAGGUGGCAAAAAGCCACCGCGGCGCCUGGGAACCUGCCCCACGGUCGUUUCGGAGCUGACGUCAGUGCCCGUGUCCCCGGCUGCGUUCCCUGCCCGGCUCCCAGCUCGCUCGCUCAGCAGCAGAGACAAGCAGAAGCAUCAUCGCUCAGAGACCCCAGUACCCAGAAGACUGCGAACUGCCUACAGAUCAUGGGCCUGCAGAAUUUUUCUGAUUACUCUGAAUAUAUUCAUAACUAUAAUGAUGAUACAGAUUAUACCUAUGACGAGUUAGACAGCUUGAAGACAAACCCAUCCCACGAUGGAAAAGACAUUGCCAGGAUCCUCUCCGUUGUCAUCUACAGCGUGUCCUGUGUGUUGGGGUUACUAGGGAAUGGCCUCGUCAUUGCAAUCAUAACUCUAAAGAUGAAGAAGUCGGUCAAUGCCAUCUGGUUUCUCAACCUGGCUGUCGCUGACUUCCUCUUCAACAUCUUCCUGCCCAUAAAUAUUGCUUACACUGCUAUGAGGUACCACUGGAUCUUUGGGAAAAUCAUGUGCAAGUUAAACUCCUUCCUUCUCAUCCUCAACAUGUACACCAGCGUCCUUCUGCUCACCACCAUCAGUUUCGAUCGCUACGUGUCAGUGGUCUUUCCUGUCUGGUCUCAAAACCAUCGAUCCACCAACCUAGCGUAUUUAGUUUGCUUGAUUAUCUGGACCAUCGGCAUCGUUAUGAGCUGCCCUUCUCUCAUCUUCCGAGACACGGCCCAAGCCUCCAGCUCCGUGAUUUGUUUUAGCAACUUCUCCCUGUCCAGCAAUAAGUCUUAUCUACCUCUGGCGCUAGCAAGACACAGAACAGUGACCAUCACGAGGUUCCUCGCCGGGUACAUCCUUCCCAUAACCAUCAUCACCUUCUGCUACAUCGCCAUCGUCUUCAACCUACGACGAAACCGCCUUGCCAAAUCCAAAAAGCCCUUUAAGAUCAUCGUCACCAUUAUAGUCACCUUCUUCCUUUGCUGGAGCCCCUACCACCUGCUGAAUCUCCUGGAAACAGAGCCCCACACAGUCCCGUUCUCCGUGUUUGAGAUCGGCAUUCCUAUAACCACGGCCCUCGCGGCCUCCAACAGCUGCAUGAACCCCGUCCUCUAUGUCUUCAUGGGCCAGGACUUCAAGAAGUUCAAGGUCGCCAUCUUUUCCAGACUGGUGAACGCCCUCAGCGAGGAGACGGGCCACUCCAGCAUUGUUCACAGGAGCUUCUCCAAGAUGUCUUCAAUGACGGAGAAGGAGACGACGGUACUGUAAACGCAACCUGAACGCUCGCGGCGGAGUCACGGUCCUCCGGUGUUGCCCGUGCCCACUGCUAAAGUGGUGGCCCCCCUGGCCACGGCCACCGCGCGGGGAGGGCGGCUCCGCCGCUCUCCUGCAGCGCGGGCUUUGGCUUCGCUGCCUGGGGGCUGGCACAGGUUGGAGACCGCCGCCGCUUUGUGGGGCGGAGAAAACAGCCGCCCGCAGCUUUUCUUUGCGACUGCCAAGGGGGUUGCGCCGAGCUGUCCCAGCGCGCUCCAGCCGGUCAAGGAAACGUUUCCGGACAUCCCUCGGUACCCUGUGCACCGUCCGGCCCGUGUCCCGCGGUGCGGGCGCUCCUUCAGCUUCCGGAGGCGUGCGGGCGAGGCCGUGGACAGCGCGCGCGUUCACCCGCGCCGAGCCGGGGGAAUUCAUAGCGGGUUGGUGACUGCCGCCCCUCGGGUGCCGCUCUCCGUAGCGCGGGGCGGGGAGCACCCGCGGGCGCAGCCCGGGCCCCCGCAGCCCGCGCCCCGCUGCCGCCGGCCCGAGGACGGUGGCGAUGGAGGAAGCCUUGGAAGAGGGAGCUGGGGGCAGGGACGGGGCCGUGCGUGGCAGGAGCAGGCUCCCGCUGGACUUACCGUACCUGGGCACGUGCUGGGUGGAAAAGCCCAACAAUUAGCUGCUUCCGCAGAAGAAAACCGGUAAUUCCAGCCAAAGCAGCUGCCUGGGGAGAAACACGGUCCUGGCCCCGCCGGAUCCCGACCCGCUGAGCAAAACUGCUCCAGGGAUGCCGGUGCUCCCGGGACGGCGCGUGGUCCUAGCAAGCGCCUUGCCCGGAGCGGGGCUGCGCAGGGCUCCGGCGCCCCGUGCGCGGCUCUCCUCCCGCGCCUGCGGGGCCUCCUCCGUCCUCCGCGGCUCCGGUGCGGAGUCGCUCCCGUAAGGAAACAGCGGUCUGUUGAGCGGGAAGCCGAGGGUGCAAAUCCGCGGGGCGACGGAGGGGCGCGACCCCCCGGGGGCAGUGCGGGAGCGGGGCCGUGCCAGGCUCGUUUUCGUGGCUGCAUUUCGGCAGCCCGUCUGUCAUUACUGCAGCCGGCUGUCCGAGAAGCGCCGGCUCGGCUCGGUCCGAUUUUGGGUUAAAUCAUCGUUAUAAUGACGGCUUUGGAAACCUAAUCGUUGAGUUCGUCUGUGGAGCUGUUUGCCUAUUUAAUGCAAAACCUGUUCUCCGUGCCAAGAGGCCCCUCCGUGCCCCGGCACCCGCAGGGCUCGGCAGCACUCCGCGGCGCCCCGAAAGGAGCGGCAGGGAGGACGGGGGGCGGCGCGGGGCCGAGCGGGACCCCCGCCUUUCCCGCGAGGGUCGGCGCUCAGCACGAGCUCGGGCGCCCGCUGUGUCCGGACUGAUCCGCUGCUGCCUCGGCUUGGCCAAGGCCCCCCGCCUUGGGGGUCUCGGUUCUGGGGCAGCGCGGGGCUGGCUGGGGCGGGGGGGGGACAGGCAGCAGUGUUGGGAGCUGGGACCUUGUCCCCGGCCAUGGGGCCAUGUCUCCCAGACCUGGGACUGAGUGCUCCAGCCCUGGGAUCCUGUCCCCAAGACCAUGUCCCCAGCACCGGGACUUCAUCCUCAGCCCCAGGACCAUGUCCUUAGCUCCAGGACCAUGACCUCAGCUCCAGGACCAUGACCUCCGGCCCCAGGACCACAUCCCUCAGCCUUGAGACCAUGUCCUCAGCUCCAGGACCAUGACCUCCGGCCCCAGGACCACAUCCCUCAGCCUUGAGACCAUGUCCUCAGCUCCAGGACCAUGACCUUUGGCCCCAGGACCACAUCCCUCAGCCCUGAGACCAUGUCCUUAGCUCCAGGACCAUGAUCUUUGGCCUCAGGACCACAUCCCUCAGCCUUGGGACCAUGUCUUCAGCUCCAGGACCAUGACCUCCGGCCCUGGGACCAUGACCUCCGGCCCCAGGACCACAUCCCUCAGCCUUGGGACCAUGUCCUCAGCUCCGGGACCAUGACCUCCAGCCCCAGGACCACAUCCCUCAGCCUUGGGACCAUGUCCCUCAGCUCUGGGACCAUGACCUCCGGCCCCAGGACUGUGUCCCCAGCUCUGGGCCCAUGACCUCCAGCCCAGGAGCAUGUCCCCAGGACCCCAGGACCCCAGCCCUGGCCACCCCAGCUCUCCCGGCCCCUCAGCACACCGAAGCCCCGUUAAUUGGCCCUGUUUUCCCACCACGCAGCCCAGACCUGCUGCAGUCGCUUCGCUGGUCACUGUGAACCGUUUGCCAGAGCCCGGGAGCUACUGGGCUGGGUUUCAUCUCACCUGAGUGUUCGGGAAACUGCUCCAGAAUAUACAAAACAUCCUUUCUGUGGGACACUGCCGGCCUUAAUGACUCUCCUUUUUCAAUUAGCUGUCACAGCCCUGAAAUAAAGCUGCGCUUUGCUUCUCCGACAAAUCAUGCCCUUUAUUUGGAAUUAGAUUUAAGAAAAAAAAAAGAAUAAAUAUUUUAUUAUUUCUCUUCCAUCGAUGCCAGGCUGGUUGGAGCCACAUUUAAAUUAUCUCCGCCGCAUUCAGGCAGAUUGUCAACCGUAAAUUUUAUGGAAAAUAGUAAAAACGAUAAAUAAACAUGUUUCUUUCGUCGGGGAUGAACGUUA